GGAAGUAUGAAGUCUCGGGUCGUAUGGCUAUCUUGCAUUGUGAUGUUUCGUACAUGAACCUUAACGAAAAGAUAAAGGUCGGUUUCUCGGAAUUUAUGCUUCCUUCUAAUAGACAUGUCAUCUUUAAAAUCACACAGCUUUGCCUUCUUUUUUCUCUGCAGUAUUGCAUCUGAAACUGUGACUGAAACAUUAAACAAACAUUUUCAAAGUGGAUUUCCAAGAACAAAUGCUCAAAGGGCUCAAUUGAGUUAUAUAUUCCCCCGGGGAAACGAUCAAAACAGCUAUGAUGGAGAUGACUAUACUAAAAGUUUCCGUUUUCAAAACCCGCUUCCAUUUGGUUCAGUGACGUAUUCACGUCUAUAUGUGUGUUCAAACGGUUUUAUAUCUACUUACUCCGAUACAACGUACACUCCCAAGAACUACUCUCACCUGGAAUUGGCACCCUACUGGACAGAUUUGGUCCAGGAACGCCGAAACGGUUCUGCAAUGUAUGUUACUAUGUAUAUGCGCUCUGUUGCAGACGACACCGAUACUCUGCAGAAGGCAACAAACCUGGUCCUCCUGCACUCCAACAAUCCUCAUUUCACAGCUAAGGAAAUGCUGGUCGUCACGUGGUGGAAUUCGAAUUUUUACAGUAGCAGGACAAGUCUCGAUCGUGUAACCAUUCAGUGCGUCGUCAUGACGGAUUACAUUACGUCAUAUGCUCUAUUUAACUAUAUCAACGUCAACGUGGGUUCUCAAAGCCACAGCGUGUAUACUGGUUGGAGUUCUGAUAUAAAACACGUGACUAUGCAGUAUUCCUUUACCACUGAUGCUUUCAAACUGAGUAAUUUCCAGGGAAAUGCGGGCGAAAAUGGCAUUUGGUUUUACGAAAUAGCCGGAAAUGGAUACGAAGGCUGUCGUUCAGACCCCUGUGGGUCGAGAGGGACUUGCUCCGCUAAGUAUGGAGAUUACACGUGCACGUGUCAUGCGGGCUACAAUGGUACUAAUUGCAGCACAGAUAUUGAUGAAUGCACAACAGAUAAUCCUUGUGUCCAUGGGUCCUGCCGCAACACCUUUGGGUCAUACAACUGUGUUUGUCAACAAGGAUGGAGAGGGGAAAAUUGUGACCAAGAUGUCGAUGAAUGUUCUAGUCACCUGUGUAAUCACGGUGCAUGUACAAAUACCCAAGGUUCAUUCACGUGCUCGUGUUCCAGUGGCUGGUCAGGUUCGCGGUGUCAUCAAGAUAUAGACGAAUGUCAAUCCUCUCCUUGUGUCCAUGGCCGCUGUAUCAACACAGCUGGAUCAUACCACUGUAACUGUCAGCAGGGAUACACAGCUAAUCAUUGUGAAACAGAUACGAAUGAAUGCACGGUAUACUCGCCAGCGUGUUACAAUGGUGGUUCAUGCACUAAUUUGAUUGGUUCCUUCCGUUGCAAUUGUCCGGUGGGAUGGUCUGCGGAUCGCUGUGAUCAAGAUGUGAAUGAAUGCAGUGCCUCCACUAACUCGUGUGGUAAUGGUGGAAAUUGUACAAACACGCACGGCUCUUUUAGUUGUUCAUGCACACAGGGGUGGACCGGACCAUUGUGUGAAAAUGAUGUUGAUGAAUGCUCAACUUUGUCAAAUCCUUGUCAUCAUGGUGGUCGCUGUAUCAACACUGUCGGAUCUUUUACAUGUUCGUGUUCAUCGGGAUGGACAGGUUCAACAUGCUCACAAGACGUUGAUGAAUGUACUACUGGAAUGAACCCCUGUAAGAACUCGGGGGCCUGUACGAAUACAGUGGGAUCAUUUCAAUGCGCCUGCGCUGCUGGCUGGAAUGGCACGAUAUGCGAUCGAGAUGUUGACGAAUGUUCCAAUAAACUCACUCCUUGCCAGAAUGGUGGGAACUGCACGAACAAUGUCGGCUCCUUCAAAUGUCAUUGUCCGUACGGAUGGACCGGAAAUACGUGUGACCAAGAUGUUGACGAAUGUACCAUCCACACUCCCUGCAUUAUGGGGCAAUGCAUCAACACUGCGGGGUCCUACCACUGUCAUUGCAACCCUGGCUUCACUUCUACACAUUGUAAUAUAGAUAUUGAUGAAUGUUUUCAACGUCCAUGCAAACAUGACGGAGUGUGUGUUAAUACGGUGUCUUCGUUUAUGUGCAAAUGUCGGGCCCCUUGGGUGGGAAAAGUUUGCGAUAUAGAUCCCAGUCCACUUGGUUGAAAGGCUUGCAAGAAAAAAGUACAAAUUGUUGUAGAUUUUAUUGCAGUAAAAAUCACUUAUCAAGAA